GUGCAAAAAGUAGUAUACCAAACGUUUCUUGGAGGCUCUCAAGCUAACAAUUUUCGUGGAAGCUUCCUGUGCAGCAAAGUUGGCAAGUUAAGUUUAGCGGCCGACAAGCUUGAGUAACCCUCAAAGGAAUCUGAUGAAUAAGUAACGCUGAGCUGCUUGUAUAAAGGACCGGCCCUAUGGGGCCGGACUCAGCACAGUCAACUGAGCCGAGCUCGCGCUCAAAGAAGCACCUCCAAGUGGACGGAGAGCCUAGUUACAGGGCUAAACGUUACGCGGUGAAAUUUCAGCCACCGUGCAUCUUUCUGGAGUAUGAAGACGCUUCCAAAAAGCGAAGAGUGCGAGCGGUGGGUGAAGCUGAAUGGAGUUCAGCCCAGCGUGGAUGUGGACAGGCUCACCAAGAAGGUCAUCCGGAGCUUCCCACGAAAGCUGGAGCCAACGUCAGUCAAGUAUGACCAGGUCCGCAAGCUUGUUGUGAAGCUCUUGGAGUACUUGGCAGCGGCCGCUGCAGAAGCAGCUGCAGCGGCGGCAGCGGCCAAAACACAGGAGGCGCAGGGCGUGACGAGUCCCAGCGCGCGCGUGUCAGACGGGGCGGAACCCUCCGGCCGCAUCUCCGACUCGGGCACAACCGGCAGCGUGCACGCGCCGUUACCGGCCCUAUCGCCGCGCAUCGACCCCCGCAGCCCGGGCGGGCGGUUGCUGCCGCACUCGGGGUCGGGGCAAGGCGGCCCCGGGCACCACCACCGCGGCAGCAUUGAAUCCACCAUGAGCCGAUUUAGCACCAGCACGGGCGGCGACAGCAGCGACAGCGAGGAGGAUCUGGCCUCGGCGCUGGACGAGCUGAGCAAGGAGAUGGCGGGCGUGGGGCACUCCGGGGCCUCGUCCGAGGUCAAUUCGCGCGACUCGUCCUUCUCCUUCCGCGACCGCCCCGCCGUCGCGGGCGCCGCCGGGUCGCGCCCCUCCGGCAGCGUACUCGACAGCGCUGUGCUGAACGCCAGCGUCAGCAGCAGCGUCGCGGCAGGCGGCGCGGGGACGGGGCCCAAGAGCCGCUUUGCGGCCGAGGCGGAAAAGCUGACCAUUGGGCUGGAGAUCACGGAUGACUUGGAUCUCAACAAGGUCAGCGAGGUGGAGCUCAAGAUUGCCAAACAGGUGAUGGAGGAGGACUUUAAGAAGAACCAGCUGAGGCCGGGCGACCCAGGUUACGUGUACGACAAGCAAGUGGAGUUCACACCGGCGGCGGAGGCCAACGACUGGGAUGACAGCGGGGACGAAGACGAGGAGCCGGCGGCAGCAGGCUCGGAGGAGCCGGAAGUGGACUGGGCCGAGAUCCAGGCGGCAGUGGCCAAGCCGGGCGCAGGGGCCACCCUCACGGCAACCGCUAACACGCCACUGGGCGGCUCCUCAGCCGAUGACAGCAGUCCGCUUCGGGGGCCGGGCGGCGGCGGCGGCGUGGGCAGUGGCGCGAGGCCCGGCGACAGCAACAGCCCCUACAACAGCAACGACUGGCCUUAGCUGAUUGCAGGCCUGACUUUGCUGCGAAUAUGACGGCUGGCUUUGGAAGUGGCCUGUAGCGGCGCAGCGCUUGUGGGGAGCCGCUGCCGUGCUAACCCAGGUGUGGAACAGGGCGCUUCGCUUGAUGUAAUUGUGUUUACUGAAUCCUUUCUUCCGUAUUGGGAGAUGAGCGAUAUGUGUAACUGACCGUAGUAUUGGAUUGCUCUUGGCGACGUGGCCUCAAGGAGGAAGAGGCUGGGCAUUUGCUGGUGUAGGCAUGUUACUGCACCUUUGCGCACGGGUGAGCCCUGGGCCGUGCGAGGGAGGGCACAUGUUUGGUUACGACACACACGGGGCCUUGAGGCCGAUGAAAUGUCUGUAACGAGGCCGCUUCACUGGUGCGGCAUCAAGGGCACCAUGUCCAGAGCGCACGCAUAUUCUCACAAGCUAGCCGCCGUGUGCCGUGUGAGCACAUCUGUGUCCUAGGGCCAAGUGAGGACCGGACUCACGGAUGGCGGGGUUCUCUCACUUCUCUGCUGUCCCCUUUGUCCUUCUGGGCUCCAAGGACAGACCUUGCGCAACGGUACCCUGCUGUUGUGGGCAGCCCUCGAGAAGUGCCGCAGGACGCGAGGGUUCGCGAGAGGCCCGUCGCCAGCCAGGCCAGGGCAGAGUCAGAGUCAAUCAGGUCAUUAAGCUCGAACGUAGCCCGAUUUCCGGUGUACUGUGUGAGUGUGUGCUGGUUGGCGGCUUAGUGCUGGUAAAGACAUGAUGCGAGUGCUCUGCAUGAGUUGGAUGGCCCCGGUUGCCCCAUGCCUGCCCAUGCCAGCGGUGGCACGCAGCAUUCCCCCACGGCACGCAGCGUACCGCUUACCACUGUAACCUUACCCUUGG